CGUACAUUGUUUUUUAUUAUUGUGAAUUGUGAGUACGCUUGUUUAUAAUAUUAUUGUGAAGUGUGACAGAGGUGGGCGUAUGCUGUCGCCGAGCUACCCGGGCUACUCCUUUGUUUAGUCUUGCAAAAAGGCGUCUGGAGCACGCCGAGGAUGGAAUCUCAGGCGCCUCCCCCCUUACAGGGUAGCCUGAGCUCCAGUAAGGUACUACCGGUAACGACGGCUAGUGGCACCGAUCCCGAGGGUGGACAGCCGGAAACCCCAGCUUUGGAGCUUGGCGGAAUCAACCUGAAGGAUGCGCUGGCCGGACGCACGGCUGCAGCUAGGACUAAGCUGGAGAAGAUUCUCAAUGAAUUCGACAAAGACAAGGACGGGCAGCUGAGCGCCGCUGAGCUUGGCCAGGUUAUUGAGCGGCUGGCAGCGGAGCGUUCGAACAAGAAGGUCCUCAUGGGCGUCAUCAUCGGCUUUGUGGUCUUCAGCAUCAUGCUGAUCGGCGCGCUGAGCGGCAUGACGUGGGGUGUGGUGGCCGCACUUAAGGAAGAGGAGAUCCGUGGUGGCAAGAUGUACGACAUUGAGGAUCCUACGCAAGUCGUACAAACUGCCAACAGCGACAUGUCGGUUGUUGGAGGCGUACUGGUCAACCGUCAAGCGUUUGAGGCAACGACCAGUCCCGACAACUCAACCGCCCUACCCGGCACCGGUAACACCCCGCACGCCAGCACCGUCCUCCGUACUGCUGCCUUUGUGGGCACUCCCCAGAAGUUUAGCAGUCAGAUCCCGGUGAAGUCCCUCAUGGAGCUCAAGUACCUGUACAUCCAAGGCGCAGGCCAGGUGGAGGUGGCUAUGACGGUGCUGGGAGUGGCACGUGUGCCGCAGGCGGGCAGCGCGUACGGCACUGUCGUACACAUCCUCACGCUGGCAGGCACCAUCACACUGGACGGCACAGCCAUUGACUUCAACGAGAGCCUGGCGCCCGUGUUCCUGCAGGCUGGAUUUGCAGUGGCAUCCAACCGCCGCAGCCUACUGGGCGCGUACGACGUUCUUGGUUUCUUCAACUUCAUCGAGGAUGUGGAUAUCUUCAACAUGCCCUCGGGAGCACCUCGCCCCGCACUUCCCAGUGGAAACUUCAGGAUGCAAAUCCAGGUCUUCGACCCCUGCUCCGUGCCCCUCAACCCCUCCGUCGACCGCUGCGUCUACCUGCCUACCUCCGACACCACCCCGCCCGCCCCACCACCUGCCAACUAUUACGGCAACACACCUCCGCCCUUGGCGGGCGACCCCGACAGCAGCCUCCGCCGCAGCAGCAGCCGCCGGCUCGCGGAAACCGGCACACGUCGUCGCCUGCAAGUCACCACUGACACCACCACAGGCGAUGGUGUUGACCUGGCGGGUACCACCAUCAUCAACGGCACUCGCUACAUGGUCCACACGGAGACCUCCACCCUCUACAAGGGCCUAACCCGCACGGUGUACGAGUAUGCGGUCUUCCCCGAUUACAUCAAGAUCGAGCUGGUGAACAAUGUGACCAACAUUAUGCAGUCAUGGACGCAGGAGGUCGUCACCAACGGCACCACCCCACCCGUCUACUUCUGCAACUCCAAGCCUCACUCCGCGCUGGGCAGCCUGGGCAACGCCAACGAGACGCUCGUGAACUUCACCUUUGUGGGCUACGAGGAGCACUUUGGCAGGUCCGCCCGCCACUUCAAGCUGGUCGUGAGGCAGCCUGAUGUCUCCAAGAACGUCAGCAGCGGCUCCUCCUCCGCGCCGCCGCUGUCCUCGCUGCUCACCAUUGACUACUGGGACUCGCGCUCGGGAGCUGUGCCGCUGGGAUUCGAGUUCAGCCACCCCUGGAUCGGUCGCACCAUGAUCAACGUGACCGAGUUUGUCCAGCUGAGCGACUCCGACAUCGACCCCGCCGACUUUGUCUACCCGCUCUCCGUCGCGGGCGCCACCUGCGGCAAAGACACCUCGGUGCCCAAGCUCUCCUCGCCCUUCUCGCUACCCAGCAUGUAUCGUGUAAAGAACACAACUAUGGACGAGCUGGUGGCCAGCAAGCUGGCCAGCCAGGGAAACAAAUACGCAUCCCUAUUCGCCAACAAGACCGCCGGCGCCCGCCGUCGGAUGACCUCCGCAUUCUCCUCCUCCGCCUCUUCCUCCUCUUCCUCCACCUCUUCUGCGGCCCUACGCAGCAGCAGCAACCUCACCACCAGCCACCACCACCUCCACCGCCAGCGCCAGCUAGACAGCGGUUUUUCGGCCCUCAACGCUCUAGACUCCAGCCUCUGGUGCGGUGCCCCUGCUGGCGCCUACAUAACCGCAUACGGAGUAGAGCCGUGCACUGUCGACUGGGCAAACGUGGGCAGCUUCUACCAAUACCUGUAUCUGCGGGGAGCCUGCGGAAUGCAAUUUGAGCCAUGGCCCGUGUUUCUCGAUGGCUCGAUUACAGUCGACAACUGCCCUACCAACUCUUUCAUUCAAGGGUGCAUCGUCCUCAGUGUGGGUCUGCAGGGUUACAUCGAGGAGUAUCUGAACGUUGGUUGGCUGGCAACGCUCUCCAACAUGAUCGACUUGGGCAACGACUUGGAGAUCGAGCUGUGCGCCGGCUGGCGCCCCACCGACCGACUCGCAUACGCCUCGGGAGAGCUCGACUUCACGCUCAGCAAUUUCCGCGUGGCUCUCGAGUCCGAGCUUGACUUCACCACCAGCCGCAUCUGGCUGGAUGGCAUCACGCUGGCAGGGGAGGUGGGCGUCAACAUGUACUUCUGGUCGUACUACGUGCAGGUCGCGAGCUACACCUUCAUGCAAGACUACACGCUGUGGGAGUCCGCCGGGUCUGCAGCCAGCGCCCUGGCCGUGCAGCCCAACCCCACCAUGUACAAGGGCUACAACCAGUACUACCUGGGCUGCUACGGCGACUACUGGAACCGACGCAUGAAUUCGGUGGUAACCGACAAGAACAUGAACCUGGCUUGGUGCAGGCAGGCGGCCAUUGCAGCAGGCUACCGCUACUUUGGUAUCGAGGUGGCCCAAGAAUGCUACGGCACCAACGACAUGGCAACCGCCACCGCCUUCGGCCCCGCCACCACCUGUAACAUGAAGUGCGGCGACGGCAACCUGUGCGGCGGCCCCUGGGGCCUGAGCAUCUACGACAGCGGUUACAUGGGCUGCUACACGGACAGCGCCAACCGCACAGUGAGCACACUGCUGCGGAGGGACACCGGCUCGGUGACGUACGAGGUGUGUCGUCAGCUGGCGCUGCAAGGAGGUUACAGCUACUUUGGUCUGCAGGCGAGUUGCGAGUGCUGGGCCACUAACAACGUCCUGCAAGCCCAGUCGCUGGGCCCCGCCGGCAACUGCAACCAGCAAUGCAGCGCGGGCGGCGGCGACAUGUGCGGAGGCGGCUGGGCCAACAGCCUGUUCAGCGCCAUUCCCAAUAACGGCAGCGCUGGCUACUACGGACACACCAACGCCUCCUCCUGGGUUGGAUGCUACAAGGACAGUGUCAGCACCUCGUUGCUCACGUUGGUGGACAGCGCUGCCGUCAUGACGGUGUCUCGCUGCCGAAAGGCGGCCGUCACAUGGGGCCUCCGCUACUUUGCCAUUCAGAACGCAACCGCCUGCCUUGCCUCCAACAACCUAACCGUCGCCACCUCCCUGGGUAACAGCACCACCGGCUGCAACCUCAACUGCACCAGCGAGGGCAACAACAUCUACUCCUACACCAACGCAUGCGGCAGUGCCACCACCGCCACCAGCACCGUCGCCUACAACUCCAUCCAAGACAGCGGAUACCUGGGCUGCUUCAAAGACAGCAAUGUCACGGAUUUGGUGCCCAAACUUCUGAUGGCUGACACCAACGGGAUGACGCCAGACAACUGCCGAAACGUGGCGGCUGCCAGCGGCUAUGACCUCUUUGCGCUGCAAAACGGCAUCCUCUGCUACGUCGGCGCUUACAAGAACCUCUCCGCAGCCAUCUCGCUGGGCCCCGCCUACAACUGCAAUGUCACUUGCCCGGGUUCCUCCGACUACAUGUGCGGCGGACUGUACGCAAACAGCCUGUACCAGGUCGUGCUGGCGCCCAUCCCUGUGGGGGCGGGCAGCACCAAUGGCACUGCUGCUGGCCGCCGCUAGAGCUGCUAUCGCUGCGGCUACUGCUUCUGCUUCUGCUGCGACUGCUUCACUUUCCAAAAAAAGAUGGUCUAUAACCAGCGCAGCCAUGCACGCGUGCGCUGUGUGCCCAAUUUUAGGGCACGAGUAGUAUGGGGGUAAUAAACACAACCAUGGGCGGAAAACAUGGGCGUGGGUCUCUGUGUGUGAUGUAUGAUGUGUGACAACCCAGUGGUCGUACUGUUCGUUGCUUGGUUGGGUCGGUUUCGUUUUUGGAGUUUGGGGUCCACCAGUGGGUGCUUGCUGGGUACUCUUCGGGUGCUUGCCGGGGUUUGUUUAGGCUUUCUUGGUCGCCUGCCAACUUUGUUAGGUGCCGGCCGGAGCUGCAGCGGGGUUUUUGCCCUUGUGCGCCCCUGUUCCCGUUUUUACCCGCUGCGUUCGAUCCGUGCUGGUUUCGUUUUGGGAAGGCAGGGGCUGGCAGGCGUCCUUGGGGCUCGUGGUUCGUUUCUGGCUAGGUUGUGGGCGGCCCGCGCGGCAUCUCUGCGCUCCGUCGGGUCUGUUGUUUGGGUAGUGGGUUCGUGGACGGUGGUCGGCCUUGCCGGACUCGAUUUCUUGUUGAUUGCUGUUUUUCGCGUGCUGUCGCGCUCGCUCGCUGCUGUGUUUGUACUCCUCGUGUAAGGUCCAGUCGUGGUGUCGUACGUUUUAGCUAUUUGGCUUAUCUAAAUUAUUGAGUGUUUUAGCAGUUUGUUGGUCCUAUUAAUGGCUUGCUUGCGCAUAUACCUUUGUUUGUUCGGUUCGUCCUGUUCACGGCUUGCUUGCGCAUACCAUAUACAUCUCGCCCACAUUCGAACUUGAUUUCGACCAUCCCGGACGUGCCAUCGCACUACGGCAUGUGCUUUUGCACCUCUAUUGUUGCCUGCGUCAUGUGGGACGUCGGACUGAUGUUUCAAACUCUAUUUGGUCUAUGUGCUUCAGAUCUGCGGAAUGAUACACUUCGAGCCGCAAGAGAGAUGGGUAGUUGAGUUUUUGGUGUUGGGCGUAUAAUUAGGCGAGGAGGCGAGGCGAGGAAACGCCCAUGUUUCCUUGUCUCUGGGUUUGUAAUGCUGUAACGGUCAUUCGUCUAAAA